GGGGGCAGGAGGGGAGGGGUGCAGCACUCUCUGAUUGUGAGAAUCAUACAAUCAGGACCACCCGUUAGCCUCUCUCGGGUCAGUGACUCCUGGUCCUGGAGGUGGGAGUGAGACACCUUCUAUGUUCCAGGGUGUCCAGGUCCUCCUCAGCCCUGGACCUCCUCCCUUCAUUCCCCCAUCUUCCAAACAGAGGUGAAUGGGAGUCCAGAACGUUGGUCCCAGAAAGGCUCCAACUAUAUGGGUUUCUGGGCCACCUGUCAGAGAGCUGGGACCAGGUCUGUGAGCAGUUCCAGCUCCAGCCCAAAGAGAAGGGAGGGAGGGUGCCAGGAAGGGGCCUGGCCCAGGACCUGGCACAGCUCAAAUGUCUCCCUGGCAGGCACUGGCUGCUGAUGCCAAAUGGUCCUUCCAACCCCCAAAAGCAGUCCUCCGAAGGGCCCCCCUCCCCAGAGCUGGUCUUGGCGAUCCUCUGAUCUGGCCCCAUCAGUAACCUCCUCCCUCUCAAAGGUCAGAGAGAGACCCUGGGCAUCUGGCUUCUGCCACUCCUCCCCCAACUCUGACCCCAAGGAGAUGAUACCCAGGCACAGUGGGAGAAAUAAGUGGUAGGGAAGCAUCCCUAGGAGGGUCUGGGAUCCCUGGGAGGAUCUGGGAGAAGACGGAAAUUUCCCAUCAGCUUAAGCUCAGGAAAAGGGAGGAAGGCAGAGCCUGAAAGGGUGGGGAAAAUGGGGUUGAAUAAUGGGCCUGCAGUGGGAAUGCACAGCCAGUGGGAAUGAGCCAAUCUCUAGGAAGUCUUGACUGCAGAUUAACCUUUAUCCCUCCUGCUGGCCUGGCCUAUUCCAAGGCAGACUUGGGUCUCCAUGCUCUUCUAAGUCUAGCCUGACUCCUAAAAAUGAUGCUGGACACUAGCUCUGCAGUCUUCCCUCCUGGGUGCACACUGGCCUGGUGCCUGACUUGCUGUGCUGGGGACUCGGGGUCAACUCUCUCCCUCUCUGGGCCCCAUUUCUCAAUGUCAUAUCCCCUCAUCUAUCAGUUAUGAGAGUGUAAGUGCUUUAAGAUCUUCAGAGGAAUAUUCUGGGUUCUCAGAGUUUCUGAUAGCUAAGGGUGGGAGGAAGAUGGCCCCUCCUAUUUAUUCUUAGCCCCCCUGAGCCCACUCUGCCAGCCUGGGACUGGGGUGAGGGAAGUGAGAGGCUGGAUGGAAGCCAGACUGGCAGAGACAGGGGCUUUGUCCCAGAUGCUUUCUGAGCCAGGAGAUCCGGUGGGAAAGCCCGUGCCAGGCAGGAAGGAAAGGCUGGGAGGAAGAAGGGAGAAGGCAGCCAAGGAUGGGGGUGGAGUAUCCUGAGGAAUAAAGAGAAGACUUUCCCUUCCCUCCAUCAGCCUGCAGCAUGGCCCCAUUGUUCCUGCCCCUGCUGGCAACCCUGGCCCUGGCCCAGGUCCCUGCGGCCUUAGCUGAUGCCCUGGAAAGGGACAGCUCAGAGGACCGGGCCUUCCGUGUGCGCAUCGCGGGCACCGCGCCGCUGCAGGGUGUGCUGGGCGGCACCCUCACCAUCCCAUGCCACGUUCACUACCUGCGGCCACUGCCUGGCCGCCGGGCUGUGCUGGGCUCCCCGAGGGUCAAGUGGACCUUCCUGUCCGGGGGCCGGGAGGCCGAGGUGCUGGUGGCCCGGGGGCUGCGCGUCAAGGUGAGCGAAGCCUACCGGUUCCGCGUGGCGCUGCCUGCCUACCCGGCGUCUCUCACCAAUGUCUCCCUGGCUCUGAGCGAGCUGCGGCCCAACGACUCAGGCAUCUACCGCUGCGAGGUCCAACAUGGCAUAGAUGACAGCAGUGACGCUGUGGAGGUCAAGGUCAAAGGGGUCGUCUUUCUCUACCGCGAGGGUUCAGCCCGCUACGCUUUCUCCUUCUCUGGGGCCCAGGAGGCCUGUGCCCGCAUCGGAGCCCGCAUCGCCACCCCGGAGCAGCUCUAUGCCGCCUACCUCGGGGGCUAUGAGCAGUGUGAUGCUGGCUGGCUGUCCGACCAGACUGUGAGGUAUCCCAUCCAGACCCCGCGAGAGGCCUGUUAUGGAGACAUGGAUGGUUUCCCUGGGGUCCGGAACUAUGGAGUGGUAGACCCAGAUGACCUCUAUGAUGUCUACUGUUAUGCUGAAGACCUGAACGGUGAUUGGGGAGAGCUGUUCCUGGGCGCCCCUCCAGACAAGCUGACGUUGGAGGAGGCACGGGCAUACUGCCGGGAGCGGGGUGCGGAGAUUGCCACCACGGGCCAGCUGUAUGCAGCCUGGGAUGGUGGCCUGGACCGCUGCAGCCCGGGCUGGCUGGCCGAUGGCAGUGUGCGCUACCCCAUUGUCACACCCAGCCGGCGCUGCGGUGGGGGCCUGCCUGGUGUCAAGACUCUCUUCCUCUUCCCCAACCAGACCGGCUUCCCCAACAGGCACAGUCGCUUCAAUGUCUACUGCUUCCGAGACUCUGCCCAGCCCUCUGCCAUCCCUGAGGUCUCCAACCCAGCCUCCGACCUGGCCUCUGAUGGACUGGAAGCCAUUGUCACAGUGACAGAGACCCUGGAGGAACUGCAGCUGCCGCAAGGAGCUGUGGAGAGCGAGUCCCGAGGAGCCAUCUACUCCAUUCCCAUCGUGGAGGAUGGAGGAGGUGGAAGCUCCACUCCAGAAGACCCAGCAGAAGCCCCUAGGACCCUCCUAGAAUUCAAAACCCAAACCAUUGUACCUCCCUUGGGGUCCUCAGAAGAGGAAGACAAGGUGUUGGAGGAAGAUGAGAAAUACAAGGAUGAAGAGAAAGAGGAGGAGGAAGAAGAGGAGGAGGUGGAAGAUGAGGCCCUGUGGGCCUGGCCCAGCGAGCUCAGCAGCCUGGAUGAAGAGGCCUAUCUCCCCACUGAGCCGGCCCUAGAGGAAUCACUUUCUGAGGCAACCCCGCUGCUGACAAGGGCAGUCCUACAGCGUGAUGCAUCACCACCACCUGAUGGAGAGCCAGAGGCCCCUAGGCCUCCAGGGGUCCUUGGACCACCCACUGAGACUCUGCCCACUCCCAGGGAGGGGAGCCUGGCACCCCCACCGCCUUUCACUCCAGCUGGGGCAAGAGAGGUUGGGGAGGAGACUGGGGGUCCUGAGCUGUCUGGGGUCCCUCAAGGAGAGAGUGAGGAGACAGGGAGCUCCGAGGAGUCUCCUCUCCUGCUUCCAGCCACAAGGGCCCCUGAGGGUCCCGGGGACCCGGAGGCCCCCUCUGAAGAGAAUUCUGGAAGAACUGUCCCAGCAGGGACCUCAGUUCGGGCCCAGCCGGUGCUGCCCACUGACAGCGCUGGCCAAGGCGGAGUGGCCGUGGCCCCCUCACCAGGUGACUGUGUCCCCAGCCCCUGCCACAAUGGUGGGACAUGCUUGGAGGAGGAGGAGGGGGUCCGCUGCCUGUGUUUGCCUGGCUAUGGGGGGGACCUGUGCAAUAUCGGCCUCCACUUCUGCAGCCCGGGCUGGGACGCCUUCCAGGGCGCCUGCUACAAGCACUUUUCUACACGAAGGAGCUGGCAGGAGGCAGAGACCCGGUGCCGAAUGUACGGGGCGCACCUGGCCAGCAUCAGCACGCCUGAGGAACAGGACUUCAUCAACAAUCGAUACCGGGAGUACCAGUGGAUCGGGCUCAAUGACAGGACCAUAGAAGGCGAUUUCCUGUGGUCAGACGGCGUCCCCCUGCUCUAUGAGAACUGGAACCCCGGGCAGCCUGACAGCUACUUCCUGUCUGGAGAGAACUGCGUGGUCAUGGUGUGGCACGAUCAAGGACAAUGGAGUGAUGUGCCUUGCAACUACCACCUGUCCUACACCUGCAAGAUGGGGCUGGUGUCCUGUGGGCCCCCACCGGAGUUGCCCCUGGCUCAAGUGUCUGGCCGCCCACGACCGCGCUAUGAGGUGCACACAGUGCUUCGUUACCGGUGCCGAGAGGGGCUGGCCCAGCGCAACCUGCCACUGAUCCGCUGCCAGGAGGAUGGUCACUGGGAGCCCCCCCAGAUCUCCUGCGUGCCCCGUAGGCCUGCUCGAGCUCUGCACCCAACGAAGGUCCCAGAAGGACAUCAAUGGAGGCUCCUGGGGCACUGGAAGGUGCGGUUGACCCCUCCUUCCAGUCCUGUUCCAGGUCCCUAGGGGGCAAGGUCUUGUCCACUGCUGCCCCCAGCAUUGCCCUCUCCCCACAACCCUCCCUCACACCCUAUGCUCUUCCCAUCACAGGAAGUGACCACAUGAGAGGGGUGGGGCUGGAAUCCAGAAUUCCCUGAAGGGACUUCUGGGAACUACCUGGGCAGCUCCAGCCCAGCCUGAGCCCUCAUCCCUGCUCUGUGAGUCAAGUUUUUCCCUCAGGGCCUCGAGUAAGUCCCUAAGUGCCUCAGCUGCCCUCUCCUUGCCAGCCAUCCUGUCCCCUCCAUUCCCCUGGGGGGCACUGUGCCCACUCUCUAUUUUCCAAGGGAAGGGAUUUGCAGGAUGGAGUGCCUGUAAAGCCAGCAGGAAAUACAGCUGCAUUUGGA